AUGGAAGAGCAGUUUGAAGCGCUAACAAAGCAGCUUGCUGCCUUAGCCGUUGUUAACCAGCCUCGAAACCGUAGUCCAACUCUACGUUUUGUGGAGGAAGAUGAGGUAGACUAUAAUGUUGAGGAUGAGAUGGAAAAUCCGUUUGCUAGACAUCGAAGGAGGAGGGAGAAACCCUUGGUUUCAUACAAUUCAAACAGAUGGGAAUCUGGGUUCAAAUUAGAUAUUCCAGAGUUCAAAGGUUGUUUACAACCUGAAGAAUUCCUAGAUUGGGUAGCUGCGGUUGAAGAAAUUUUGGAGUUUAAGGAGGUGCCGCAAGACAAAAGAGUUUCUUUGGUGGCGACCAAAUUCAGAGGACGUGCUGCUGCAUGGUGGCAACAAUUAAAGCAAAGUCGUAUUUGCCAAGGUAAAUCUAAAAUCAAUACUUGGGAAAAUUUUUUGAAACAUAUGCGUGCUGCAUUCUUACCCCAUAAUUAUAUGCGUACAUUAUAUCAACAACUACACAAUCUUAACCAAGGUACACAAUCUAUAGAUGAGUAUACUCGAGAGUUUUAUCAACUUGUAGCUAGAGUUGACCUUGCAGAUUCGGAAGAUCAAUUAGUUUCACGUUAUAUUGGAGGCAUGAGGCAACAAUUUCAAGAUACUUUGAAUUUAUUUGACCCAAUUUCUGUAUCUGAAUCCCAUCAGAGAGCUUUGCAUUUAGAGAAGACAAUGAAUAUGAGGACUAACAUGGUUUCAAAUAGUAGUGGCAACCGACUACCACCAGUAGCUCCUCCUUAUGGUGUAAUUACACAAUCUACACAAGGAAAAGGCCAAGUUAAUCAAGCUAAACCACAACCCAACUGCACUGCAGCUAGUAGUUCUGGCUCUCGAUGUUUCAAGUGUGGUGAGGCAGGGCAUAGAAUGGCUGAUUGCAAGAAGGGUGGCCGGUAUGGUAAGGGUUUAUUUAUUGAGAGUGAAGAAUGUAUUGAUGAUCAUUUAAAUACCUUUGAGCAAGAAGCUGUUUAUGAUGCUGAAGAGGAAGAGGAGUAUGUGCAGGGAAAUGAUGGCCCUUUGUUAGUUACAAGAAGGGCGUGUUUCACACCUCGCAAAUCUGAAGGCGAGGAUUGGCUUCGAAGCAAUAUCUUUCAAACUACAUGUACUAUAGGGGGCAAGGUAUGUAGACUUGUUAUUGAUUCUGGAAGCUGUGAGAAUGUGGUAUCAGAAGAGGCUAUUCAAAAAUUGGGAUUAGCAACAGAGAAGCACCCUAACCCUUACAAACUAUCUUGGCUCAAAAGGGGCAAUGAGGUAACUAUAUCUAAACGUUGUUUGGUUUCUUUUUCUAUUGGGUUAAAAUAUAAGGAUAAUGCAUGGUGUGAUGUGGUAGUUAUGGAUGCAUGUCAUCUUCUCCUUGGUAGACCAUGGCAAUAUGAUAGAGAGGUUCAACAUGAUGGUAAGAAGAAUACAUACAGUUUCAUGUUUGGUAGCACAAAAAUUGUGUUGUUGCCUUGUAAGGAGAUUGAACCUAAGCCAACUUCAAGAGGGGCUAAGAAUCUCUUAGCUAAAAGGGCAUUUGUUGAAGAGAUGUUUGAUUCAGGGUUGGUGUUUGUAUUAUUGGGAAAGGAGAGCUCAAAGGGUAGUGUAGUACCAGAGGCUGUGCAAUCUUUAUUAGAUGAAUUUGUAAACGUAUUUCCUAGUGAUCUACUUGAGGGGUUACCGCCACUCCGAGAUAUACAACACUAA